AAGCCCUUCGCACCGACGACCCGGGCAAGACUGCACGCCCCCCCCGAUGGCUUCCAAAAAGGCGCUGGUGAUCCUGGCCCGGGGCGCGGAGGAAAUGGAGACGGUCAUCCCGACGGACCUCAUGCGGAGGGCGGGAAUUUCUGUGACGAUAGCAGGCCUGACUGGAAACGAACCUGUGCAGUGUAGCCGUGAUGUGGUGAUCUGUCCCGAUAAGAGCUUGGAAGAGGCCCGGAAAAAGGGGCCCUACGAUGUGGUGGUCUUGCCAGGGGGUAAUCAGGGCGCUCAGAACUUGUCAGAGUCCCCUCUUGUGAAAGAGAUCUUGAAGGAUCAGGACAGCCAGAGGGGCCUCAUCGCCGCCAUCUGUGCAGGUCCCACGGCUCUGCUGGCGCAUGAAAUCGGCUUUGGAAGCAGAGUGACCACACACCCCUUGGCGAAAGACAAGAUGAUGGUCGGGGGUCACUACAAAUACUCUGAGAAUCGGGUGGAAAAAGAUGGACACAUCAUCACCAGUCGAGGACCUGGCACCAGUUUUGAGUUUGGGCUCGCAAUUGUGGAGACGCUGCUGGGGAAGGAAGAGGCCACCAAGACGAAGGCCCCCCUUGUCCUGAAGGAGUAGGACACGCAUUGCCCAGAGAGCUUCGUCGCCUGUUUCGCUUCCUUGCAGGAAGGUGGCCGUUGGCGAUGCUCAGAAGUUGGUUCGUGUUCACGACCAGAAGCUUUUUCCUUAGAGGCCCUUAAGCAUAUGCAGAUCCUCCACCUGAAGAAUCCAAGAAUGAAUAAAACACGGUUGCUAAUGUCCCCCUACAACUUAACUCAGCCAAUAAAGAGGAGAUGUGUUGAACUGA